AAUAUGCCUUGCUUGAGCAAAGAAAAUACCACUUCGCUACCAACAUCCAUCGUGGAGUGAUUUGAUCCCGCUGCACAACAUCCAGCAGCACACAGCUCAGUUAAAGCACCAAUCAAUCACAUCACAAGGCGGACAGAAAGAAGCCCCUGUAAUGAUUUAGUCAAAAACCAAAGCAAAACGCCUGGGCCUGGUUUCAACAUGACAGCUUUGUCAAAUGAAGAACCCCACUUGCUUCAACUACAAGAUGUUGGACCAAGCAAAGUGUCAGGAAUGACCUGCUCGCCGAGAAUCAGUUGCCCUAUUUCGUGCUGCGGGGCGAUGCCUGCAUUGAUGAUGGAACAACAUGCUGUUUGCAUCCCUUCCCCGUAUAGGGAUAGCAACCACGAUUACACAGCAGUGGCAUUUUAUAGUCCUUCGAUGCGUGGGUACAGUGGGCACAGUAAUGGCAGCAUUCCGGACAGACCGACAGUAAGACCGUGUUUGAGCCCCUCUGCAUUCUGGCCUCCACCAAGCCAUAUUUCCUCAUUAGCCCUUCAGUGCCAGCAGAUGCAUACAGAUCCUCCAAGGAGCCCUUGGAACGAGGAGAGAUCAAGAAGAGAGCAAAUACAGUCAGUGAGCAGCAAGGAAAGCAACAGAAUAAAGGAAAAUUCAGAAGAUCAGGCCAAUCCCACUGGACGCUGCUCAGGUUCAAAACAGGCCAUGCACUACUGCGCGGUGUGCAAUGACUUUGCCUCGGGUUAUCACUACGGGGUCUGGUCGUGUGAGGGGUGCAAAGCGUUCUUUAAAAGGAACAUCCAAGGGCAUAAUGAUUAUAUCUGCCCCGCUACAAACCAGUGCACCAUAGACAAGAACAGAAGGAAAAGCUGCCAAGCCUGCCGACUAAGAAAGUGCUAUGAAGUUGGAAUGAUGAAAUGCGGUACAAGAAGAGAGCGUUCUAAUUAUCGCAUUGUACGACACAGGCGUCUUUCUCAAGGCCAAGUGCAGCCCAGUAGUAAAGCCAGCAAAACAAAUGAAAGUGGCUUACUGCAGACAAGGAGGAUUCACUUCAGUUCUCUGAGCCCUGAAAUGCUCAUGUCUUCAGUAAUAGAGGCUGAACCGCCUGAGAUUUAUUUGAUGAGCUAUCUCAUGAAGCCAUUCACUGAGGCCACCGUGAUGACAUCAUUAACCACCCUUGCAGACAAGGAACUCGUUUACAUGGUCCGCUGGGCCAAAAAAAUUCCAGGGUUUGUGGAGCUCAGUGUGUAUGACCAGGUAUGCCUAUUGGAGUGUUGCUGGUUAGAGGUGCUGAUGGUAGGGCUCAUGUGGAGAUCUAUUAAUCAUCCAGGGAAUCUCGUCUUUGCAUCUGACCUUAUUUUAAACAGGGACGACGGGAACUGCGUGGAAGGAUUAGUGGAGGUUUUCGACAUGCUUUUGGCUAUAACUUCAAAGUUCCGAGAGCUGAAUCUGCAGCGAGAGGAGUAUCUCUGCCUCAAGGUCAUGCUCCUCCUCAACUCCACUAUGUUCCCCGGUCCCUCAGAGAAGCCAGAAAAAAGUGAAAGUAGAGAUAAUCUGCUUAAACUUCUGGAUGCAAUCACCGAUGCUUUAGUCUGGGUUAUUUCGAAGAAAGGACUCUCUUUACAGCAGCAGUCAGCGCGCCUGGCUACCCUCCUGAUGCUGCUCUCCCACAUCAGACAUGCAAGUAACAAAGGUAUUGAGCACCUCUACAGUAUGAAGUGUAAAGAUAUAGUGCCUUUGCGUGAAUUGCUGCUGGAGAUGCUGCACGGCCACACUCUACACUUCCCCAGAAUGCCAGCCAUCACGUCAUCAGAAUACAGCCCAAAGGAACAAACCAAGGAGCCUGUCACCUGUUCAAAGCCAGAAGUAUUUUGAUAGGGAGCAACCCUGCCAAAGUGCCAAAAAAUGCAAUGGAAGGAUACAUAUCUUCAACGUCGGACCAGACUCCUCCCCCGUCACUAUGAAUUGAUGCAUUCCUUUUACUGUUGGGUUGUUUAAGGAACACAGACCUCUACCAAAGUUAUCUGGAUUUAAGUCUCAGAUCAGAUGCACGUCCCUUCGAUCUCCCUUAUAUUAAAGCAUCUUAAAACUUUGAAAUUGAAGGUUAAAAUUUGUUUUCAAGAAUGAGGACCACCAUCAAAGCUCCCUUAUGUACAGCUAGACUAUAAUAACCAGCCAUAUCUUGAUGAUGCUGUUGUUUAGCAGCACAGCUAUUAUGAGGAGGUUUGCAGAAUUCUUUUCAUAAAACAAAAAUGCUUUAAAGGAACUGCUGCAUUGAAAAUUCCUAAUGUGUGUAGCAGAGAUGUAAAGUUAUGGCCAUGGGUUCAAGAGUCAAGCACUCCUUAUAUAUUCAGCUGGACCUCAGACAGGCACCACCAGCAUAUAGACAUAUAGACAAAUAGACGGGCAGACUGUUGUGUGUGCAAGUUAUCAUUGUCGAGGAUCAGGCAGCCAUUAUGAUCAACCGUUACAUUGAUCAUUAAAUAAACAAGUCUCUUGAACGGCAGCUCGCAUUCUCAAAACAAGCAAGAAUGAACCCUCUCUUGUUUGUCAGCUAAGCGUUUAGGAUGAGAUAAUCAUUGUUAGCCCUAUGUGUAAACUGGUGACUCAGAAGGCUUGUUUUAAUCCUAGGAAUGCUUAUGUAAGCCAUUUGCAGUUUAUCCAUUCAGACGAUCUACAUUCAUGCUGCUCUUAAUAUAAUGUGUAUGGGAUAUUGAAAUCAUGCUAUGCCUAGGUGCAGUACAUUUUUACCAUAUCCUAUGUAGUUCUCUUUUCAUCUGUAAACCAAAUGUGCAAUUAUCUGCUGAGACAGAGGACAGGGUAGAAUGCAUUUGUUGCUUGACUAGUAACUAGUAGACUAGACUGGAAGGUUUUGCUGAGUUGUAGUUGCAAGUAGCAGAUUCCUUUGUUUGCCAAUAGUUUUAUUUAAAAAGAAAACUAGACAUUUUAAAUAGGAUAACGGAGUGUGUAAAGAGGUGUAAUGGCUUUAAAAGAUUGUCUAUUGUUAUGACAUGCCUACCUCUAAAAUUAAAAAUUAUAAAAAUAAAAAAUGAAUUAGUGAUUUUAAACAGAUGAUUUUCUUUUUUAAUGAAUACAAUAUUCAGCUGUUUUUAAAUUAAAUGUUUAUACAGAAAUUCAAUUAAAUAGUUCAUUAUAUUAUACAAAAAUCAUUGUUAUAAUACAUUUUACAUUUUGUAUUUGAGUGAAUAUAAUACAGCUACCUUCUUACAGUAGUGUAAGGCUAUGUUGAUUACAUCUUUCGGCCACUCCCUUAUUCCUGUUAAAACAAUAUGUAUUCACCCUUGGGAGUUCAAUACACACACACACACACACACACACACACACACACACACACACACACACACACACACACACACACACACACACACAUAUAUAUGUAUAUAUAUAUUGUGAGACAGCAGGGAGGGUGUUAAAGCCUCCCUGAAGAAAAAAAUAUGUGAAAAUGCACCUUUGGUUGAGUUAAUUGUGUUUUGAUUUAUUGUUUAAUUGUUUAAUUUAAUUGUUUAACUGUUUUAUUGUUUAAUUAUCCCCUACACCUGGGCGGUAAUUGGGAAUUGGGACCAGGUGCAGGGUAUUUAGGAGAGGCAGCUUGUCUGCUGUUGGCUGCUGAGUAGGAGGCAGAUGUGGUGCUCUGCUUCCGAGCAGUCCUGAGAAAGUAGGUUCUGUGUUAAGCCUGUGUAGUUUUGUGUGUGGUGGGCAGGUAAAAGGUUUAGCCGUCCUGCGAGUUAGUCAGGGAAUAACCUGUUUAGUUAGCGCUUCAAAACGGAGCUAGGUGUUUGUUUUGUUUUGUUUUAUUUUGUGUUUAUUAAAAAAAAUCAGCGCAGAAAAAUCCAUUCCCGUGUGUACUGGGUCGUAUUUUUAAAGGGGCACGAACCCGAGUGGCAGCAGUCCAUUUACAAUAUAUAUAGUUCAAAAUAUAUAGAUGCAGUUUUCCAUUAAAACUACAAAACGGUAUGUAAUUAGAUAUUUUAACGUAACAUGAUUCAGCAGGUUUCAUUUGACUUUAUGAAGUACAAUUUGUUAAUUCUGUAGAUAAUUCUAUAGAAUUAUCGUUGCUCAAGACUGUCCAGUAAAGGUUUUCUCAGCAUCAGUGCAGAAAAAAAGUUGCUUUACCUGAUCCAAGGUGAGACCUUGACUUGAACAAAAAUACAGUCCUAAAACAGGCCACAGAGGUGUCUUUUGUAUUUACGUUGCAUCGAUAUAUUGGUAAAUAAAGACAUUUUAUAUUAACUGCCUUGAAAAUGUUUCAAGUCGUUUCAUAGCUAGAAUGUACCCUCCAGGUACACUUUUAAAGCACUGGAAUAUUGGGUGUUUUUAUUCCCUUAUUUUAAAAUGGGAGUGUUUUAUAAUAUUGUCCUGUUUAGACAUCAGUGUUUCUUAUUUGGGCUUGAGUGUUCACUAAAACAACAUAUCAAAGAAAAAUCUGUCAAUAAUUGGUUGUAUUUGUUUGAACCAUUUUUACUUUUAAAAAGUCUACUGCUCGUAUAGUGUAGUGUAUAUGACCUGAAAAUGUAAGGUUUAAAUAGAGCUUUCUGAAAUAAUGAAAAUACAAAUCUGCUUCAGCAAUUUCUGUUUACUUUAUAAAACCUGUAUUUUGGUAUCAUUAUUUUCCUGGGGUAUUUUCAUGUACAGUGCUGGGUGGUAUAAAGUUCAUGUAACAUGAAUAAUUGGGUGUUUAAUGUUCUCCUGUUUCACUAUUAGACAGUUAAACAGAAGUUAAACCUAGUUAUUUAUGAAAACCGAACCUAUUUGGACAGCAUCUAAAUUUAAACACAUUGAUUUGCUUUGUUUCAGUUGUUCUAGAUGUAUGUAAAAAAAAAAAAGGCACUGGAAAUUGUCCUUAGAUAAUAAAUGUAUUUCUUUCUGUGUUCCAAUUGCUGUAGACUGGUAAAAGCUCACAUGUAGUUUCCUCAUUCAAGACAGGAAUGGGAGUCAUUAUUUUGUCUUUAUACGGUACUACACAAUUGACAGGUCACAUGAUUUUCUGGAAUGAGAAAAUCUAUCAAAUUUUUAUAUAAAAAAAAAAAAUUACGCAUUGUGAAGUUGACAUUUAAAGAUAUUUUCUGACAGAAAGAAUAAAGUUUUUCAGUGUCUUGAUUUACUUGCCAAAGACCAAACUGAAUAAGGCAAUAUGCACUCAAUUAUGUGAGAUACCAGGAACAGUAUAUGGAAAACAAUGUGAUUGUUUUUUUAGCUUGUUAAGUUUAUGUAGAACUGGGUUUUGUGCAAUGUGGAAAAGGAAACCAAUUAUUACAACAGCUGUUAAUUACACGUUCAGGUCAGUAAACAGGCACAGGAAUACUAUUUCCAGUUUUUUAAAUAAAAGACCGUUCGUUCUAAGAAUAAUAUUCAAGACAGCUGCUGGGUAAUUUUAUUGCACUGCCUGUCAAAUACAUUACUAAGAGCUUUCCCAAGCCAGUGACAGGCAUUGUCCUCUGUUGGAUUGCAUCAUUUUGAUUACCUCUGGCAAUGUUUACAAUUUACAUGCAGCCUUCAAUGUUGUCAAGCACUUAUAACAACUUGUAUCUCUAGUCACUAAAUAUGUCACCUGAAACCUGCAAUUAGGUUAAAUUGAAUUUAGCGGCCACUUGCUCUCAAAAGACAUUUUGAGAAUGACAAAGGCAGCUUGGAUAAGUAUCAACCUAUCUAAGCAGCGACGCUUGUUCGGACCAGCUGACUGGUUCAUUCAGGUUUCAAUGUAUAGAAAUCCAGCCAGCUGCUACCUGUAUGUGAAGUGCAGUUAAAUGCUUUUGCAUACUUUCAUUGCAUCAAUAUGUUCUGGUGCCAAAAGCAAAACUAUGAUAUGCAUCCAAGCCUGUUCCCCAGCCCCGGUCAUUUCUUGAGCAUAGAGUUCUCAGAAACAUGAUAAAGAAGUCCUUGUAGCAUUUUAACACUGGAGAUAGGGGACUGCCAAGUAAUCCUUCUUUUAAUCUGUCUCGUUUCAGACAGCUAAAACAGCUUUUGUAUCUAAUGCUAAACGUGUUUCACUUUCAACAAACUUUUUACUACUUUUGUUUGGUAAAGAAUAACUGUGCAUUUUGUCGCUAACCAAAUAGCUAAAGUUAUUAUAGACAAUUCAUAUAUAUUAAUAUAUAUUUUAAUAUUCAUGCUGUUAAGAUGUUAUCGUUAAAUUGUUCUAAAUUACAAUACAGUAUGUGUAUAUUACAAACACAUCUGUAUACAUUAUCAUGUAACCUAAAUUGGCCAUUGUUAAUUUACAUGUUUGGCUUGAAUGAUAUAAAUACAAUAUACCUGAAUAAACUAGGAACCUCAUUUGUAGCUACUGCAGACAGGGGAGUACUCACAGUAACUUUUUAUUUCAUUCAUACUGUAUUUUGUAUUACUGGCCAAUAAGAGUAAGGGGUGCUUACUUUAGGUAGCAGUAAAUACACAUUUUACUGGAGCUACAUACAGUAUGCAGCCCAUUUGGUUAUCUAAAUGUUUCUGAAUUAGCAGUGGCUUCACUGUUCCAAUUUUCAGAACUGUGACAAAGUUGCCAAGAUUCACACUCUCUAAUCCUUUUACCCUGCAGAGGACUUGCAAAUUAAACAACAUCAACAUGAUGCCUGUAAAUCUAAUUUAGCCCAUUCCUGGAAGAUACUGCACAGUAGCGAGUGUCCCAAUAUUUUGCACAUAAAGAACGCACCUUUAGUAUAAUUUAGCAACAGGAACUGGCAUAAAAGGCACAUGAUCAAGAACUGACAUUUAUUGUAAGGUACAUGCAAUGUUUUCAACUACUAAUAAUGUAAUGUAAUUGGUGCCUUUUAUCAGAUGCUUUUGUAACUGUAAACCAAAUGCAAAAAAAAUGUUGUUUUGUGUCAUGUAUGUGUUGUAAAUGCCAAAUAAAUGAUUUUAUUGAGUGUG